GAAAUGGCAUUUUAAAAAAAAAAAAAAAUUAACAGCAACGUUACAAGCGCGUGAUCGUCCUCUACCUUUCAGUUAUAGUUAAUUUAAUUGCCUUAACGUUUAUAUCUCUAAAACACUUUUUUAUUUUUAUUUUUGCCUUUUAACUUAAAACUUUACAACCCGAAACUUAACAAUGAGCUGAGCCAUCUUCCAAUCUGUGAAUGCUGCAUCACUCAGACGCUUCACUUAGAAGUUGCAAUGUAUCAACGGUCGGAAACCGUCAUCGUUAAACAUUAAAUCACCGAGCUCUUACCGCAUAGAAAAUACGUUAAGAUUAUUAGAAAUAUGAUAUCGACGUAGCUGUCUGUGUUGAGCACAACCCCCGCUAACCUGGGCUAACGUUAGAAGAUGGCUGGCCGUGGUUUUGAAAACAACAGCCAGGACUAUUUUGAAGAGCGGAGGGGGGUCGCGGAGGGAUACUCGAGUGACGAGGCACAAAAGCCAUGUGCUGCUUUGUUUACAAUAACAUCCUCGAACAGAGAAAUAAUAAAGCAGAGCUGCAGAUUUUCUGCCACAGCGACAAAAAAAAUGCAAAAGGUUCCUGCAGGAGUUUUACACAGAGGAUGACAAUGGGAAGAAGGUGUUUAAAUAUGGAGCUCAACUUGUGGCGCUGGCCCACAGGGAGCAGGUCUCUUUCUUCGUGGAACUGGACGAUGUGGCCGAGGAAUACCCUGAGCUGGUUGAGAGCGUCUGCGAGAAUGCCAAGCGCUACACAGAACUGUUUGCUGACGCCGUCCACGAGCUGCUGCCAGAGUAUAAAGAAAGAGAUAUUGUGGCCAAAGAUUCCUUGGACGUGUACAUUGAGCACAGGCUGAUGAUGGAACAGAGGGGUCGCGACCCCGCAGACACUCGAGACCCUCGUAACCAGUACCCACCUGAACUCAUGAGAAGAUUUGAGCUUUAUUUUAAGUCUCCCACCACUGGUAAACCUAAAGUGGUGCGUGAUGUGCGAGCGGACAGCAUCGGGCAUCUGGUGGCAGUUCGAGGCAUAGUGACCCGCGCCACUGAGGUCAAACCAAUGAUGGCUGUCGCAACGUACACAUGUGACCAGUGUGGUGCCGAGACCUAUCAGCCAAUCCAGUCUCCCACCUUCAUGCCCCUCAUCAUGUGUCCCAGCCAAGAGUGCGUCACCAACAAAUCUGGAGGUCGACUCUACCUGCAGACCAGAGGCUCCAAAUUUGUCAAGUUCCAGGAGCUGCGUAUUCAGGAACAUAGUGACCAGGUGCCAGUUGGAAAUAUUCCAAGAAGCAUGUCCAUUUAUGCCCGCGGAGAAAACACACGUCUUGCCCAGCCAGGAGACCACGUAGCCAUCACCGGAGUCUUCCUCCCUCUGCUGCGCACAGGCUUCAGGCAGGCUACUCAGGGUCUCCUGUCAGAAACAUUCCUGGAGGCUCAUAGCAUCACUCUAAUGAACAAGACAGAGGACGAUGAGCUCGGCAAUGACGAUCUGUCUGAGGAGGAGCUGCGCAGCAUCACAGAGGAAGGAUUUUAUGAGAAACUAGCCGGCUCAAUUGCACCAGAGAUCUAUGGACAUGAAGACGUAAAGAAGGCUCUGCUCCUGCUGCUGGUUGGAGGAGUGGAACAGGCACCCAAAGGCAUGAAGAUCAGAGGCAACAUAAACAUCUGCCUGAUGGGAGACCCAGGAGUCGCCAAGUCCCAGCUGCUGUCCUACAUUGACCGUCUGGCUCCUCGAAGCCAGUACACAACAGGUCGCGGUUCAUCUGGUGUCGGUCUGACUGCCGCAGUGAUGCGUGACCCUCUGACUGGAGAGAUGACCCUGGAAGGUGGAGCCUUGGUGCUAGCGGACCUGGGCAUCUGCUGCAUUGAUGAGUUUGACAAGAUGGCUGACGCUGACCGCACAGCCAUCCACGAGGUGAUGGAGCAGCAGACCAUCUCCAUCGCUAAGGCCGGCAUCAUGACCUCCCUCAACGCCCGCUGCUCCAUUCUAGCAGCAGCCAACCCUGCAUAUGGCCGCUACAAUCCCCGGAAGAGCAUUGAGCAGAACAUUCAGCUGCCAGCUGCUCUGCUCUCCCGUUUCGACCUGCUCUGGCUGAUCCAGGACAAGCCGGACGCCGACUCUGACCUGCGUCUGGCCCAGCACAUCACCUACGUCCACCAGCACUGCCGCCAGCCGCCCACUCACUUCACCCCCAUUGACAUGAAGCUGAUGAGGCGUUACGUUGCAGUGUGUAAGAAGAGGCAGCCUGUGGUGCCCGAGUCGCUGGCUGAUUACAUCACCGCUGCUUAUGUUGAGAUGAGGAAAGAGGCCCGAGUCAGCAAGGACACUACCUUCACCUCUGCCCGUACCCUCCUCUCCAUCCUCCGUCUCUCCACUGCCCUGGCUCGCCUUCGCAUGAUGGACACAGUGGAAAAGGAAGACGUCAACGAGGCGAUGAGACUGAUGGAGAUGUCAAAGGAUUCACUCCAAGCUGACAAGUCCAGCACCACACGGACUCAGCGCCCAGCCGACGUCAUCUUCUCUCUGGUGCGUGAGCUCUCCACGGAGGGCGUGGCGGGCCGCGGUGGAGCCGGCGGGGUGGUUCGCAUGUCUGAAGCAGAACAGCGCUGCGUCUCUCGUGGCUUCACCCCGGCCCAGUUCCAGGAGGCGUUGGAAGAGUACGAGGAGCUGAACGUGUGGCAGGUGAACCAGGCUCGCACCCGCAUCACCUUUGUCUGAAGAAACUUGGGACACUUUCCUGCACGCUGUUUCAGCCACCCGAGGGGAAAACUUCACUGUGGGCUUUCUACAGACUCAUACUGGGGCUCUGCAUUUUUCCUCCUUCAGCAUUUUGUAACCUGGACGUUUUUUUAAGCAUGACCAUUACGCAAGAAUCCCUGCUGUCGGAGAUCCAUAGCUUUUUUUUUUUUUUAUGUAUCACGAUUCCUGUUCACCAGUAAAUCUCUUGUAAAUAUGUAUGUCAGAAUUUGGAUUGUGUAGCAUCUGCAGUUUAGAGCUUAAAGCUUCUAGUUCCUCUGACAUGGAGCAUUUCUGUACAUUUUAUACGCUGUAAUGCAAAAUUAGGCCAUAUAAAUUAACGUUGAGCCUUGUAUUGUGACAUAUAGUUAUAAUAAAUUGAUGGUUCAGUAAUGCUAUGCUUGCUGUGGAUGAUUUGGACUCAGUGUGCACAUGUAUGAAAGUGCUAGUGUGCCACAAUCACGCCUGAACACCUGGUUUGGUACCAGAGCAGCCAUUUUGACAUAAUUGUUGCUUUCAGUAAAACAUGCUCGUAAAACGUGUACACACACACAGUUACAACUAACAAUUAUUUUAAUUAUUGUUUAGUCUAUAAAUGCAUGAAACAUCUGCAAUUUCCUAAAAGCCAAAGGCUGUGUCUUUUAAAUAUUAAUGUGUAGUUCA